UUUCAAGCUGUUGUUGUUUGACAUCAAAGUAGGACGGGAUGGAGAAACAAGGAACAAGACGGGAAAAGUUUUCGAUCUUCGGCCCACGGGCGCUUGGGAGAGCGGUUCACGUGGCAACGGAGGGUCCAGGCCUCAGCAAGGCGGAGUUCAUGGACAAAGUGCGACGGAGCAACGAGGCGUGCCAGCACGGAGACUUCCAGAUGGCCGUGAAGCUGUACGGGGAGGCCCUGCGCGCCGACCCCCAGAACUGCAUCCUCUACAGCAACCGCUCAGCUGCCCACCUCAAACUGGGCCAGUACCAGACCGCCCUGGAUGAUGCCGUGAAGGCUCGUCUGCUUAACCCUAAGUGGCCCAAGGCAUACUUCCGACAGGGUGUUGCCCUCCAGUACUUGGGGCGCCAUGCCGACGCGUUGGCCGCCUUCGCCUCCGGACUGGCCCAGGACCCCAAGAGUCUGCAGCUACUGGUGGGAAUGGUGGAAGCUGCCAUGAAAUCUCCGCUGAGAGAAUCCUUGGAGCCAACCUAUCAGCAGCUGCAGAAGAUGAAACUGGACAAGAGCCCGUUUGUGGUGGUGUCUGUGAUUGGUCAGGAGCUGCUGACCGCCUCCCACCACGGCGCCUCAGUGGUGGUUCUGGAGGCAGCACUGAAGAUUGGCACCUGCAGCCUGAAGCUACGCGGCUCCGUCUUCUCCGCCCUCAGCAGCGCCUACUGGUCGCUUGGCAACGCGGAGAAGAGCACCGCCUACAUGCAGCAGGACUUGGAAGUGGCCAAAACGUUAGGUGACCAGACUGGUGAAUGUAGAGCUCACGGCAACCUGGGGUCAGCGUUCUUCUCUAAGGGGAAUUAUCGUGAAGCUCUGACCAAUCACAGGCACCAGCUAGUCCUGGCCAUGAAACUGAAGGACAGAGAGGCUCUGAUCCUCCUCCCAAUGUUUUCUGUCACCCAGUCUCCUGAUGUUCGGCUCCUGGGAUUGAACCCCGGAGAAAGGGGGUCCAUUAGUAUUCCUGCACAGGUACGAAGAACUUUUUGGCUUGAAAGGAGCUUGAAAGAGUCAAGGGAAGGCAGAGCUGCAUCUUCUACAGGAAUCAUCCAUCAAAUGAAAGGAGAUUAUGAGACUGCUCUGAAACUGCACAAAGCUCAUCUCACCAUUGCCCAGGAGCUCAACGACUACGCCGCCCAGGGCAGGGCCUACGGAAACAUGGGAAAUGCUUACAACGCCCUCGGUGCCUUCGACCAGGCGGUUCGCUAUCACAGACAGGAGCUGCAGAUUUCCAUGGAGGUCAACGACCGUGCCUCGCAGGCGUCCACCCACGGCAACUUGGCGGUGGCCUACCAAGCUCUAGGGGCCCACGACCGAGCACUGCAGCACUACCAGAACCAUCUCAACAUCGCCCGUGAGCUCCGAGACAUUCAGAGCGAAGCCCGAGCGCUGAGCAACCUCGGCAACUUCCACUGUUCCCGCGGCGAGUUCCCGCAAGCCGUACCCUACUACGAGCAGUACCUGCGUCUCUCCCCGGACCUGCAGGACAUGGAGAGCGAGGGAAAAGUCUGCCACAAUUUGGGCUACGCGCACUAUUGCCUGGGCAGCUUCCAGGAGGCUGUGAAAUACUACGAGCAGGACCUGGCGCUGGCUAAAGACCUUCACGACAAGCUGAGUCAGGCCAAGGCCUACUGCAAUUUGGGCCUGGCUUUCAAAGCCCUGGGAGACUACAACAAAGCGGAGGAGUGCCAAAAGUACCUCCUCUCUCUGGCCCAGUCGCUCAACAACUCGCAGGCUCGAUUCCGCGCCCUGGGUAACCUGGGCGACAUCUUUGUGUGUAAGAAAGACGUGCCAGGAGCCAUCAAGUUCUACGAGCAACAGCUGGCGCUGGCGCAUCAGGUCAAAGAGCGCAAAAUGGAGGCGAACGCCUACGCGGCUUUGGGAGCCGCCUACCGGAUGUUGCAGAAAUAUGACAAGGCCCUGGGCUACCACACCCAAGAGCUGGAAGUUUACCAGGAGCUCGGGGACAUUCAAGGGGAGUGCCAGGCCCACAGUCACCUUGCGGCGGUCUACAUGUCCUUGGGCAAAUACACCAUGGCCUUCAAGUGUUACGAGGACCAGCUGGAGCUGGGACAGAGACUGAAGGACCCUAGCGUGGAGGCACAGGUGUAUGGCAACAUGGGCAUCACGAAGAUGAACAUGGGCGUGAUGGAAGAGGCCAUUGGCUACUUUGAGCAGCAGCUGGCGAUGCUGCAGCAGCUGAGCGGCAACGAGGCGGUCCUGGACAGGGGGCGGGCCUACGGUAACCUGGGCGACUGUUACGAUUCGCUCGGGGACUACGAGGAAGCCAUCAAGUACUACGACCAGUACCUGUCGGUGGCUCAGAGUCUGAACCACAUGCAAGACCAGGAGAAAGCCUACAGAGGCCUGGGGAACGGACACAGGGCUAUGGGGAACCUGCAGCAGGCUCUGGUAUGUUUCGAGAAGAGGCUGGUUGUGGCUCAUGAACUGGGUGAAUGUGGUGGGAAGGCCCAGGCGUACGGGGAGCUGGGCAGCCUUCACAGCCAGCUGGGUAACUACGAGCAAGCCAUCUCCUGCCUGGAGCGCCAACUGGCCAUCGCCCGGGAUACCCAGGACCGGCUCCUGGAGGGCCACGCCAGCUGCGGCCUGGGCUCCGUGUACCAGCUGAUGGGCGAGUACGACACGGCCCUGCAGUUCCAUCAGCUGGACCUGCAGAUCGCGGAGGAGACGGGUAGCGCCAGCUGCCAAGGCCGGGCGUACGGGAACCUGGGCCUGACGUACGAGUCGCUGGGCAACUUCGAGCGGGCGGUGGUGUACCAGGAACAGCACCUGAGCAUUGCGGCACAGACCAACGACCUGGUGGGCAAGACGCUGGCCUACAGCAGCCUGGGACGCACCCAUCACGCCCUACAGAACUACUCACAGGCCGUCAUGUACCUGCAGGAAGGUUUGCGUCUCGCGGAGCAGCUGGGCCGGAGAGAGGACGAGGCGAAGAUCCGUCACCGCCUGGGGCUGUCGCUCUGGGCCAGUGGUAACCUGGAGGAGGCCCAGCACCAGCUGUAUCGCGCGUCUGCCCUGUUUGAGACGAUUCGUCAUGAGGCCCAACACAGCACUGAUUACAAGCUCUCCCUGUUCGACCUCCAGACGUCCUCUUACCAGGCGCUCCAGAGGGUCCUCGUCAGCCUCGGUCACCAUGACGAGGCCCUCGCCGUGGCAGAGAGGGGUCGAACGCGAGCUUUUGCCGACCUGCUGGUGGAGAGACAGACCGGACAGCAAGACUCAGAUCCUUACACCCCCGUCACGGUGGAGAACAUUCUGGACACGGUCAACGGCCAGCGCGCGCUGGUGCUGUACUUCUCCCUGGCCGCGGGCUACCUGUACAGCUGGCUCCUGGCCCCUGGCUCAGGUAUUCUGAAGUUCCACGAGGUGUAUUUGGGUGAGGGCAUGUCGGACAGCGGAGCGUCGGACUUCCAGGAGGGCAGCAGUAGCACUCUGCAGGCCGGGGGAGGUCCUGGGGGCUCCUCUCUGGAGCAGUACAUCGCCAGCGCUAGGGAGGCUCUUGGAGUCGACUCCUACUACAGCAGGGCUUGUUCGAGCAGUGAGACGGAGAGCGAAGCAGGCGAACUGCUGGACCAACAGUUUGAAGAGCUCAGUAACAAGUUAAACUCCGUCAACGACCCCACGGGGUUCCUGAGAAUGGUCUCCAGAAACAACCUCUUUAACAGAAGCUGCCAAAGCAUGACCAGUCUGUUCAGUAACACAGUGUCUCCAGUGAAAGAGAGCAGUUCGUCUUUACCCCGUCGCCCCAGUGCACUCAGCAAACCGCCCCUACGAGCCCUCUACGACCUUCUCAUCGCACCUAUGGAAGGGGGGCUGAUGCACUCCAGUGGGCCUGUGGGGAGACACAGACAGCUGGUGCUGGUUCUGGAGGGAGAGCUGUACCUGAUCCCGUUCGCCCUGCUGAAGGGCAGCUCCUCAAACGAAUACCUGUACGAGCGUUUCAGUCUCAUCGCCGUCCCGUCCAUCGGCAGCCUCGGCGCCAACGCCAAGGUUCACCCUCGGCGGGCGGGGCCGCUGCUGUGCAGCGGUGGCAGCUCCAUGGCGGCGGUGGUGGGGAACCCCCGGCUCCCCCCCGCGGUGAUGGACCGCUGGCUGUGGGGGCCCAUGCCCACGGCCGAGGAGGAGGCGCACAUGGUGGCGGACCUCCUGGGGUGCCAGCCUCUGGCCGGGCCGGCCGCCACCAAGGAGCGGGUGAUGAGCGCCCUGUCCCAGGCAGAGUGCGCCCACUUCGCCACGCACGUCUCCUGGAAGCUGGCGGCCCUGGUCCUCUCGCCCAGCCAGGACGCGGGCACGGGAGCCGGCGCGGCCGCUCCGUGCGGAGGCGCGGGCGGAGGAGGGGAAAGCGGGAGCAAAUCGAACUACACCAUACCCGAGAGCCUGCGCAUGCAGGACGACGCCAGCGACGCGGAGAGCAUCUGCGACUGCCCGUCACUGCAGGAGUUCCUCCUAACCGCCGCAGACAUACUGGACCUCAGGCUGCCUGUCAAACUGGUGGUUCUUGGUUCUUAUCAGGAGUCUGACAGUAAAGUGACGGCAGACGGAGUGGUGGGCCUGACCCGGGCCUUCCUGGCCGCGGGAGCGCAGUGCGUGCUGGUAUCUCUGUGGCCCGUCCCCGUCGCAGCCUCCAAAAUGUUCACCCACGCCUUCUACACGGCCCUGCUCAACGGGACCAAGGCCAGCGCCGCCCUCGCCGACGCCAUGAAGACCGUACAGAGCAGCAAACAGUUCUCUCACCCCUCCAACUGGGCAGGCUUCAUGCUGAUUGGCAGUGACGUGAAACUGAACAGUCCCUCGUCGCUGAUUGGCCAGGCCCUGGCUGAGAUCCUGCAGUAUCCAGAGAAAGCCAGGGAUGCCCUGAGGGUCCUGCUCCACCUGGUGGAGAAGUCUCUGCAGCGGAUUCAGAACGGCCAGCGGAACUCCAUGUACACGUCCCAGCAGAGUGUGGAGAAUAAAGUAGGCGGGGUCCCGGGCUGGCAGGCCCUGCUCACGGCGGUGGGCUUCAGACUGGACUCGGCCGGUACCGGGCUGCCCGCCGCGGUCUUCUUCCCCACCACGGACCCCGGAGACAGGCUCCAGCAAUGCAGUACCACCCUACAGUCUUUACUGGGUCUGCCUCCACCCGCUCUCCAGGCUCUCUGUAAACUGAUCGUGGCCUCAGAGACUGGAGAACAGCUCAUCAACAGGGCUGUUAAAAAUGUGGUAGGAAUGCUCCAUCAGGUUCUGGUCCAGCUGCAGACCGGAGAGAAGGAGCAGGAUUUCUCUCUGACGCCCAUCCAGGUGUCCAUCAGCGUCCAGCUCUGGAGACUACCCGGCUGCCACGAGUUUCUCGCUGCUUUGGGGUUUGACCUUUGUGAGGUAGGUCAGGAGGAGGUGGUGCUGAAGACAGGCAAGCAAGCGAACCGCCGCACCAUGCACUUUGCCCUGCAGUCUCUGCUGGCACUUUUUGACUCGACGGAGCUGCCAAAACGUCUCAGCCUGGACAGCUCCUCUUCUCUGGAAUCCCUGGCGUCGGCUCAGUCCGUUUCCCACCAGAUGCCCCUGGGAUACCCCAACCCCCCCUUCUCCCCCCCGUGUCCCGACAGCCUGGCCUCCGACGCCAUCUCCGUCUACAGCCUCAGCUCCAUCGCCUCCUCCAUGAGCUUCCUCUCCAGGCCGGAGGGAGCCAGCGACAUCAUCAGCCAGCGCUCGCGGCAGCAGGAGCUGGAGCGUCACCGCGGCGGGGCGGGACUCUUCGCCUCGCACCGGCACGCCGCGGUCCCCCGCAGCCGAUCCUCACCGCACGGGGCGGCCGGCGGCCAGGACGACGAGGAGUACGAGGGUUUCAGCAUCAUCAGCAGCGAGCCGCUGGGGAGCCAGUGCGACACCCUCCCGCGACCCGCGGGCCACAAGCAGAACCGUGGGGGCGGGCGUGGAGGCGCAGGCAGGGGGUAUGGAGCCUCGGUGUCCACCAGGGGCAGCGUUAGCACACCUACCUCCCCCGUGAAGGCCAGCCUGGUGCCCAGUCCCAAUUCGCCCUUCCAGAAGGUGGGGAAGGUGAGCAGCUCCGACACGGGCGAGUCGGAUCAGUCCAGCACAGAGACAGACAGCACUGUGAAAUCCCAGGAGGAGCGCACGUCAGGAGCACCCCUGGACCCACAAGAACUGGCGCAGAAGAUUCUGGAAGAGACCCAGAGCCACAUGCGAGCGGUGGAGACCCUGCACAGGAGCGCCGGACAUCCGGGCAGCGGCAGCGGCAGCAGUAGCGGCAGCGGCGAAGUGCCGAGGAACGGGGACGCCUCCACUCCCACGGGAGGGUCGGCCUUCAGGUCGUCCGAGACGAGCGCGUUCAGCCGUCCCAGUAGCAGGGCCAGCAUCAAGGCCCAGUCGUCUCCCGUCUCCACCCGCCCCAAGCCCCCGUCCCGAACCUCCUCCCUGCAGAAGGUCAGCUCCGGCUACAACAGCCCGGCCACGUCCGACACCUCCCUAAAGGACGGCAGCCAGCCGUCGCCGACCUCCGACAGCCACGCCCAGUUUAAACUCAAAUACCCCAGCUCGCCGUACAGCAGCCACAUCUCCCGCUCUCCCAGUAACAUCUCGCCCAGUUCGGGCCACCAGUCGCCCGCCGGCAGCGCCCCUUCCCCGGCGCUCUCGUACUCCUCCACCGGCUCCACCCGCUCCAGUCCGGCGGACGCCCCCGACAUCGACCGUCUCAAACUGGCCGCCAUCGACGAGAAGGUCCAAGCCAUCCACAAUCUGAAGACCUUCUGGGCCAAUGCCACACAGCAGCAGCACUCCGGGCCGAUGAGAGCUCUCCGUAGCGGCGGGGCCAAGAUGAGCACCGCCCAAAAAGACGUUCUAGGUCUCCUCAACCUCUCUCCACGCCACGGCAAGGCGAGCCAAGACACGACCGGCCACGAACUCCAGGAGAUGGGACUGCAGUCGAUCGAGCAAAGCUCCAGAAACCCGCCCAACGGCCAUCGCAAGCUCGACCCGAAAAGAGUCGUCCCCUCCCCCACGGCCUCCACUGGCAGCAGCCCCGGAUCUCACCCCAUCAGACUCCCCACGGGAAACGGGUACAAGUUUCUGUCGCCUGGAAGGUUCUUUCCCUCCUCCAAAUGCUGA